AUGGCACCAAUUACCUGCAAAGUUGUCGACGCCAACAACCGUGGACGGCCUGGAGUCUAUGUGGUUCUGGAGUGCAAAGACCAACUGCACCGUGGCAUCGCGACGCUGGAAUCACUGACUGAUGAAGAUGGCGGAAUCAGUCUGUGGUUCCCAACACCCUCACCCGGGCGAACAGACGAUGUGGAGCCACAGAUCGUUGACAGCAGCAAUAUUCCUAGAGUCUCUUUGACUUUCUUCCCUCAUACCGUGCCGUCAACAUGCCCAGGCCCGUUCUUGUCUAUCCACACGGACUUGUACCUCCAGGGGGAUGAGUGCCACGGAAUUACCCUGUACCUUGACCCUCAUCCACGACUAGAGCACUCCCCUGUCCCGGUAGCCAGCCCGCUCAACAGGUUCGCUGCCGCAGCUGUGAGCACGCAAGAGCCGCAGCGAGACCUGUCAACCCCUUCCCCGUUGCUGCUGCCUCCACCAGUCAGCCAGAACAGCCGACCAUCGCCGAUGCUUCUGAAUGGUAUGCACUGCCACAAUGGGAGUCGGGGUCAGAAACGGAAGGCGGAAGACUAUCCGCAAUCACCAAACAAGAGGCGCUAA